AUGCCCAGACGUUACUCUAAAAAAAGGAAAGGAGACGCACGAACUCGAUAUCUCUUCCCGUUCCCCAUUUUCUCUCCUGGUGCUGGCCAAGCGGCGGCGCCGCCGCCUCCCGUCUUCUCGUCGUUCUCGGAGGAUGAGGGCACGAAGGAUGUGGCUGUACCGUCGUGCCCUCCACCUGCGCCGGCUUAUCAACGGGACCUUGCGCGGCUCCCUCUUAUUUCAGCUCCGCCCGCGCCCGCGCCACCGUCGACGGCGCGGCUUCGGCGUCCCCGGUGGCUCCUGUCCGACGCCUACAGCGCUUCCUCGCGCGGAUGCAGCGGGCUCCUGGCCGGUAGAGGAGGAGUUGGAUGCAGAUUGUUCCACGGCGUGGUCCUGCUCGCCGCCGACGAGGCCCUGCGAGGGGCGAGGAGACGGCUCCACUGCUCCGAGCUCCUCCGACGUACUGCUGCUGGUGCCAUGGAGGGGGAGAGGGCCAUAUACGCCUAUGGUUGUCCUUAGAAGCAUGAGGUCAUUGUUGAUUCUAAAUUUGAUUUGUACAUACCUGGGUCGAUGUUUUUGACGUCAGCGGCGAUACCGGCGAGGCAAUGUGGAAAGCUGGAUUGUUAAGAAGAAUCGACCAAGGACUUGAUAUAUAUUGGAUUAAGGGGAUUGUACAUGUACUAGCACAGAUGCCCGUGCGUUGCAACGGGAGAUUUUUUGACGUGAAUUCAAAUUUAGUGAGAAUUGUUAAAGCUUGUUCAUUUCACCAACUUGCUUCGUGCGCACCUUCUUCAAGUCAAUUUUGACAAAGCGCU